AUGGAUCGGAACUUGAGUGACUACGUGGAAGAUACUGAUCCUCCCCUCAUAUCAGGCACUACAGAUACUGAAUUUCUAUGUACCCUUUGUCAAAAGACAUAUAGUCGGCGCGAUCUACGGGAUCGACAUAGACGUCGAUGCGCUAAGACUUUCGGCCAAAAGCGUGCCUCCAAGCGCAAGUCCUGUGAAAACUGCGCUCAGAAGAAGUUACGAGGCUCAUUGACCCGCCCUGCCUGUAGUCGAUGUAUUCAAGUAGGUACAUCCUGCCGCUAUCCCGACACUUCGUCGACACCUGUCACAUUGCCAGUACAGGGGAGUCAGGCCCGGGACCGAGAGUUCACAAUACCUCUGGUCGAAGAUUCAGAGCCUAUGUCCGCUGAUUUAAACAUUGGAGAUCAUUUCAUGUCCACGACAUUGCGCGUGUACGGAAUUCAUAGCCAUCAUAACACAGCUGAUAUCUCUUGGAAUCCAGUACUGAAUAAUAUGGAAGUUAUGCUGGGCUUAUCUGAAUAUGCAACAGGUCCUUCCUGGCCUGACCUAGGAUCGUUAUUCUCGGUGGAUGACCCGGACCAUUUACAUAACCAACAAUCGUCCUCAUUUAUUUCACCGCAGCAAACAUUCACUAUACCGCACUCAUCCGAAAGUUCUUCACAAUCAGUCUUGGAAGAUCCUCUGGGAAAUCCGCUUCCCUUCCAACCUUCAACAACAGUAAAGGGACACAUGAUGGACCAAUCCUUUGCCACAGAUAUUUCUCAUUUGGAAGGGGAUAGAACCGAUCUAUCCCAAAAGCUUCUCUGGAUUCUAUGCGAAUAUCCACGAUUGAUGCUGCAGCAUCAGUUCUGGUCCCCAUUCAUUCAUCACAAUCUCUACCGGUGCUCUCAGAAUGGUAUGGCCGAGCCCCUUGGUAUCGCCCUCGCCUGCGUGUCAGCCUAUGUUAGCUCCGUGGAAUCUAGCUUCGAGUUUGUUGAAAGUCUGAUAAAGAGUCAGCGAGAACAGCUGGUUCGCGAUUUUCGUCUUUCCCUCGACCGCCCAGAAACAUGCCUUGCAGCUCUACAUGCCGUAUGUAUUUAUCAGAUAUUGGGACUCUUCGAACAAAAGUCUGCAGAUGGAGGAAAUAAGCAGCACCAAGAAGACUCGAGAAAGGCAGCGGAACUUCACGGUUCUUUUCUACUAAAAAUUACAAGAUGCCUCUGCAAAUUGCAUAAAAGGGAGCUCGAGGGAAAGGAGACAGGAUGGUCAGAGUGGAAGUUUAUUGAGUCCCUCCGACGUAACAUGUUCUUCGUUCAUAUCGUCAAUAUACUAGCAGCCGAAACCCGAAGACUACACUAUGAUUACUUUGAGCCACUGGACGAUGACAUGAUACUUAACAUGCCUCUCCCAGCACCGGAAUGCAUGUGGCGUGCCUGUAGCGAGGAGGAAUGGAGAAUCGCCUGUGACUAUGACCGUUCAAUCUCACCCACUCAAUGCACCCUCCAGGACUUACUCAAUUUGUCUCAUCUGGGUACAUUGGAAGUUCCAUCACUACAGCCUUUAACGAGGAUCAUUUUGGAGUGUCAGAAGAUCCGCCCUCAUCACAGAGACGAGUUCGGAAGGCAGUUGAUUUGA